AUGGCAAACGGCACUCGUCCUCCUUCAAGAUCUGUGCCGCGGUCAAGGAAUGGCUGUGCGACAUGUCGCGUGAGGAAGCUGAAAUGUGAUGAGUUUCAUCCAAUCUGUGGACGAUGUUCAAAAGCGAGAUUGAGUUGCGACUGGAAUUUACCAACAAGGGCAACUCGAGGAGGAGCUUCACAAGCCUCGGCCAGCACCGUCGUAACCUCGCGACCUCUGGCUCCCGCCCCUCGUCCUCUCCGUCUGCGAUCUCCCUCUGUCAUUACCACCACGGAUACGAAGAGCCCGGCUUCGAUGGACAGCGGGAGCACCUCAACUACAAUCUUCACCUUUGCUGGCAGUAGUUCUGAACAUGCUUCCCCAAGCAUCAAUUUGUCACUCUCCAGGUUGACCCAAACGCACGAAGUUGCGCGUGCAAGCCCGAGUUCAAGUCCCACCCGGGACCUCUCAGCACCUUCGCACUCAGCGUUCCCCGCUUCACAUGCUGCUUUGGCCGAUUCCUUGAGACUCACUCCACAGGAUCGACAGGCCUUUUUGUAUGUUCCUGGCUCGGUCUUAGUUCUCCGCUUUGGUAAGCCAUUUGAGUGGAGUAGCAUAUCCUAUGUCUAUUCGAACAUAGCAAACACAUAUGCGGGCGUUAUGAGAGUGUUCAUAGCUGGCGCAUCCAUGGAGCUGCGCUCGAAAGAACUUCUCGAUAUUCAUAAAGGUGAGUUCGCGCCAGAAAAGCUUGAGCGAGCUCGACGUCUGGAAGAGUCUGCAACUAGCCACUACCUACUAGCUCUCAAAGACUUGUCCGGUCUGGUAGAGCAUAUCACUUCAACAGGCGGAACAAAAGAUGAAGUGGAUGCCCUUUUUUCCAUGUGGUUUCUGAUUCUCCAUUUCGGUUUCUAUCAGUCCCAGUGUGUUGGUGCAGCGCAUCUGCACCUAAAUGGGAUUCGAUCCUUCCUCAAGCCAUAUCUCAGAUCCUGUGCUGAGCAGGGCAAGGAUGGGCUCCCAUUGGUAUCACGACAGCUACUCUAUUACAUUUCCUACCUGGACAUACAUCUCGCAUUUGGAAGCAAAGAAGGCGGCAAACUAUGGACAGAUCUACUUUCCGAAGAUGCCCAGUCGCCCUUUUCUCAUGAUGGUCUAUUUCAUGGUGCAAGAUCAUGUCUGGCCAAGUUAUGGGGCCCUCAAUAUCCAACCAGUGAAUUGUUCGAUGACCUGGAAAAUUACAGGCCGCUUCACUUCUUGCAUCUGUGCCAGAAGCCCAAAAUUGGGAUCCUGAAUCUGGCGACCGUUUCGAACCUUGGCUAUAAUGACAGGGAAGGACGACAUCGGCUGUGGAAACAGAUCACGAAAUUGUCAGAGGAAUUUGCCGAUAUGUUAGAACUGGCAGAUAGAGUCCCCGACUCAGGUGGCAGGAGACUCAUAUGGACCUUAUACCAUGCGACGCUCGACUUCUAUGCACUCCAGGUCCUGUACUCGUGCCUGGACCCCCAUGAUGAACACCCACCGUGGCUCGAUCGGAUUCUAGCGACCAUUAUUAGCAUCGGGUACAAAGCUGUGAGAGAGGAUCCUCGGCAAUUGUAUCGCCUGGUCUGGCCCCUUGCUAUUGCAAUGGUAAGAACGAGGGAUUUAGUCCAUCUCGAUUGGCUCAAGGACCAGCUUGUCCGAGCUCAACUUCUCUUUCCCAACUUGAGCUUUCCCCAGGCGGCCUGGAACAGGGUAGGACCUUUGGGUCAGCUCCUCGUAGAAGCAGACCGAACGUGUCGUUCUGCAUGUAUAACAGCAGAUCAGCAACUAUUGAAUGGAUAA